AUGACCUAUAAGAACAACUUUGGUUGCUUAUUAUACUUGCAUUUUUGUGGAAUUAAAAAUCGGAUCAAGGACUAUGUGGUGAAGCUCGGUGAACAAUGGCGGGACGAUGACAGCUUAACUGCGAAAUCCAUUGCAAUAAAACGAAAUCAAAUUAAGCACAUUCAUAUAUAUACUCUUGUUUAUUGCACACUAGUAAAAGUUUUCGUCCAUACUUAUUUCGCAUCCCCAUUGAUAAUAAUAUUGAUCAAGAAGUUUUUACUAAAUAUCGAAGUCAAUUACAUCACGCCGUUUAAAUUUACAUUUCCUUUUAAUUACCAAAGUAAUAUGCUACUAUUUGCUGGCGCUUAUUUGAUGGAUUACAUGAUCGCUCUCAAUAUAUCCUAUGUUGUUACGUGCAGUUUGUUCUUUAUCUCAGCAACAAUGAGUCAAUUACGAACCCUGUACAUGUUACUGCACGAAGAUUUUAGAGAAGUAAUAAAAGCGAAAGACGUGGAUUUACAAAUAAAGCAAAUUGUUCAGCGACAUUCAGCGCUUUCAGACCUGUUAAUUGAGAUGAGUGAUGCGUUUGGCGCUAUUUUCGCUAUCCAUGUACUAUUUUUGUCAGUUACAAUUUGUUUCUAUGGAAUUGCCGCAAGAGCUCUAGAUGUCGCAACUGUUGCAUACGAUAGUGCUUGGGAGGAUCUAUCGUGUAAAAAUAUGAAGAUCAUUCUGCUUACAAUAUUAAGGUCACAGCAAGCUUCUUACAUCCGCUCCAUGAAAUGCUCUGAAAUUUCUUUGAAGACAUUUAUAACGAUUAUGAAUAUGACUUGGUCCUUUAUCUCUUUGGUUACAAAGCUGUAUCAAGACUAG